UUUGCUAGACUUCGCCUGUCAUCGCCAAAAGGUUCUGUCCUCACUGCAAUCAAAGGUCGGCUAGGGAAGAAACUCGACUAUAUACACCUUAUGUUAUUUUGGUAUUGGGGUACGAUACAAGAGGUUAAGAAGUGAGGAAGUGAAUUGCACCUAACUAACCUUAUCAAGUCAAGCCAAAAACUAAACAUGUUUACUUCACAAGCAAGAAGAUCCCUACAAAAUAUAAUUUCACUAACAUCAAGCAGAGCAGGUAGUAGGAGUAUUAUAUCAUCUUUGCACCGUAGCUAUGCAGCAGCAGCUGCUUCGUCAGGCAAUCGUAAAAUAAUUAACUAUGAUGUUCAUGGAGAUGUUGCUGUAGUACAAAUAAAUGAUAAAACUUCAAAGGUGAAUGUACUGAAUGAGGUUUUUUCAACUGAAUUGACAGAGAUUUUCAAAGAAAUAACACAUAACAAUGAUAUCAAAAGUGUUGUUUUUAUGUCUCCGAAACCUGAUUGCUUUAUUGCGGGUGCAGAUAUCAGCAUGUUAAAGGCUGUAGAUUCUGUUGAACUAGGUACUACAGUGGCUGCUGAGGGUCAGAAAAUGUUUGAUAUGAUUGCCAAUAGCAAGAAACCAGUGGUUGCAGCUAUCAAUGGAUCUUGUCUUGGUGGUGGACUUGAAUUUGCUUUGGCUUGUCAUUAUCGUGUUGCAGUGAAUAGCCCUAAAACUGGACUGGGCGUGCCUGAGGUGAUGUUGGGUUUGUUGCCGGGUGCAGGUGGCACACAAAGAUUACCACCCUUGGUUGGAUUGCCAACAGCACUUGACAUGUUAUUAACAGGGAAAACAAUAAAACCAGUAAAAGCAAAGAAGAUGGGCCUGGUUGAUCGUGUUGUUGAGGCAUUGGGACCUGGUAUUACUGAUGAAAAGACUAACACGCAAAAUCAUCUGAAGAAUGUCGCUAUUCAAAUUGCUAAGGAACUGGGUGAUGGAAAGUUAAAAGCUAAUCGAGCAAAGUCGUGGACCAGCAUUGCAGGGUUAUCACACAAUGUACCUCUCAGUGUUUCACCAGUACGAGAUUUUGUUUUGAAAAAAGCAACUGAAACUGUUAUGAAGAAAACGAUGGGCUUAUAUCCAGCCCCUUUGAAGAUAAUUGAGGCUGUAAAAGUUGGUUUGGAAAACGGUUCAGAUGCUGGAUAUAAAGAAGAAGCCAAAGGUUUUGGUGAGCUGACACAAACUAAAGAAUCUGCGUCGUUGAUUGGUUUAUUUAACGGACAGACCGAGUGUAAGAAAAAUCAUUUUGGUGCACCUCAAAGACGAUCACAAACGAUUGCAGUUCUUGGAGCAGGACUCAUGGGGGCUGGCAUUGCUGAAGUAAGCAUUCACAAAGCUGGGCAUGAGGUCAUUUUAAAAGACGCAACUGUGGAAGGCUUAGCACGUGGUGUUGAUCAAGUUUACAACAAUAUGAACAAAAGAGCCAAGAAGCGACAAAUGACAACCUUCGAAAGAGAUGUUAUAAUGUCGAAGAUGACAUCACAAAUAGAUUAUACAAACUUUAAAGAUGCUGACAUGGUUAUUGAGGCUGUGUUUGAAGACAUCAACAUCAAACAUCGAGUUUUAAAAGAAGUUGAAGCCGUUACACCAGACCAUUGUAUAUUUGCGUCCAAUACUUCAGCCUUGCCUAUCAAAGAUAUUGCUGCUGCAAGUUCAAGACCUGACAAAGUAAUUGGAAUGCAUUAUUUCUCACCUGUAGAUAAAAUGCCUCUUUUGGAAAUCAUCACAACGGCUCAAACCUCCAAAGAAACAACCGCUGCUGCUGUUGAUGUCGGUUUGAAGCAAGGAAAAACAGUCAUCGUAGUUGAGGACGGUCCUGGUUUUUACACAACUCGCAUACUGAUGCCUACACUACAAGAAGCUCUCUGCAUGCUGCAAGAAGGUGUAGCUCCUACUGAUUUGGAUAAAAGAUCAAAGAACUUUGGCUUCCCAGUUGGUUGCAUCACAUUAACUGAUGAGGUCGGUAUCGAUGUUUCAGCGCAUAUUGCAGACUUUCUUGGAAAAACAUUUUCUGAUCGAAUGGCUGGAGGUGAUUUCAACAUGUUGCAUGAUAUGGUUGCUCGAGGAUUUCUAGGGCGAAAGUCGAAGAAAGGUUUCUACAAAUACUCUGGAAAGCGAGAGGUGAACGAAGGUGCACUAGAAAUCAUCAAGAAGUACCAGAAAACGCCUAUCGAAGGAUUAAAUGACCACGAAAUGGCAAUGCGUUUGAUAUCCAGAAUGACGAAUGAAGCUGUCAUGUGUUUAGAAGAAGGUAUCUUAAAAACACCAGUUGAUGGUGACAUAGGAGCAGUGUUUGGUAUCGGCUUCCCCCCACCACACGGUGGGCCAUUCCGUUUUGUCGACACGUAUGGUGCUGAUAAUUUAGUCAAACUUCUGGAGAAAUUCCAAGCUAAGAUUGGAGACGCCCAAUUUCAACCCUGUAAACUACUUCUCGAGCAUGCGCGCGAUCCAACGAAAAAGUUUCAUCCUAAAUAAACUGCGUACACUGUAUCAUAGACUGUAUAUUUUAAUAUUUUUUGAAAUUUGCUAAUAUUUUUGUUACGCACAAAGGAUAGACCUCGACGAAGUAGAAGUUUAGUAAUAAAACACAGAGCAAAAUGCUUUUUUAUGGAAAGUCAGCUUUCAUUUUCUAGUGUUCUUUUAUUUAAAAACCAAGCUAAAGCAGAAAAAAAUAUAUUUGUUGUAGAAACUUAUAGAUAGAUAAUAAACUGUUCAUUAAAUAGUUA